GUUUUUAGUGGAAACAUUUUUUCAUAAAAAGGGGAUAACAAAAAGGGGGCCCGCGGAUUUAGGGUCUGCUUUUGUGCACAAAGGAACACGUGAAUUGGGGGAUUAUUGUUAGGGGUGGGGACCACGAAGAGAGAGAAGUUUCCUCCUUCUUCAAUUUUCUAAGACUUAAAAAUCCCAGCAGGAGCCGGGAUUCUGGCUGUUCAAAAAGAUGACCAUCAUUUUCUUUCUCCAUCCUAAAACCUGCACAUAACCCAUACACAUAUAGAAUAGUAGAUAGAAAAAAAAAAAAAAAUCAUCAUCAUCUUUAUGACAAUACACAUGCAGACAUAGAGAAAAAAACACUAUAGAUAAGAUAGAAAAUAGACGCAAGAAAAACAUAUACACAGUAGAUAGAGAGACUGGAAAACGGACAGAUCCCGACCAAAAACAAUAUCAUUUUCUUCAUUUGUUUUUCUUCACUAGCUCACCAUUAAACUACCACAAACCACCACCCAUUCACCACCGUCACCUCCACCUAUCAUCUUCAUUUCUUCACCUAUAAACACCACCCUAUUCCCGUCACCACCGAAAACCAACGAACCCACCUGAAAAUCAUCCCAAACACCGCACUGUUUUUUUCUGUCAUUAAAACCCACCUGAAAAUACCUUCAUAGACACCAUGGAACUCAUGAUUAGAUCAUUAUAGGUUCAUUCUCAAAAAAAAAAAAAUGUGUUAUCGAGUUCGAAGUUGUCCGGUCUAGGUGUUGUCGAGGUCCAAGGCUACAGCAGGUUCAUUCCGGUGUGAUUUGAGGUACAACAUGUUUUAUCCGGGCCGUGGGAAGUGUCAAAAGAGGAAGCGAGAUGGGAGUAUACCACUUCAGGUUGUUCAUGAGGUCCCUUGGAAACUUUGGACAUGGUGGAAUGAAAUGGAUGUGCUAGAACACACAAAGAUCUUUAAGCAUAUGGGGUUCUUGACCAACAUUAUGAAAAUCGACCCUAGGAGGGACGUGAUUGAUGCUUUGCUAUCCUUUUGGGACCCUACAAAGAAUGUGUUCCGAUUUUCAGACUUCGAGUUGACCCCUACCUUACAGGAAAUUGCUGGCUAUACCGGACUUGGUGAGAACCUACACCGCCAAAAACUUGCAGCCCCAAGACUUAUUUCUGUGAACAGUUUCCUCACAAAAAUGAACAUCGCUAAGCGCAAAGAGGAUGAGAAGAAAAAGGGCAAGGAAGAAUUUCUGGAUGAGGGUUGGGAAUCCCUGGACAAAGGAUGGGUUUCUUUAGAAUUCUUGUAUGAGAGGUACGGGAGAAGAGACGGGUUUGAGAGGUUUGGAAAGAGGCUCAGUAAUAAAGGAAAUUUUGAAAUUUGGAAAGACCACAGUCGUUUUGCCUUCAUGGUGGCAUUUUUAGGAAUAAUGGUCUUCCCAAGACGGGGGCAGAAAAUCAACAUCCGUUUAGCCGGGAUAGUAGACGUCUUGACCACAAAGAAGGAUCAUACCAUUGUGCCAAUGAUCUUAGCAGAUAUUUAUCGGGCCUUGACGGUUUGCCAAAAGGGAAAGGGUUACUUUGAAGGGUGUAACAUAUUAUUGCAAAUGUGGAUAGUGGAGCAUAUCUUCCGACCCCGUCACGUGGCAAGAUUUGUUCAUGAUCGGAGUGAUUACAUUUCAAGCUAUGAAACUAGGGUAAAGGAUUAUAAGCAACCGGACGGUGUGGAGGCAUGGAUUGGAGAAUUUCGUUCAUUAACGUCAGAUAAGAUCACUUGGAACUUCCCUUGGUUCCCUUGGAGAGAAGUCAUAUACACAUCUACACAUCGCCCAUUUCUCUUAUUGAUGGGUAUAAGGGGUGUUCAACCGUACGUACCAUUACGAGUUUUACGACAAUUGGGUCGGUGCCAGAUAAUACCUGUAGUAGAAGACAUGACGAAUUUUGUAUUUGAGGUAAGACCAGAAAUCCCCUUGCCUGAAGGAUUGGUUGUGGAGAUUUGGAAUGGCUGUCGGGUAAUGACAUUCGAUACAAUGGUUACCGAGCGUCAUUCGGGGGAAGUGCAUCCGGGAUACCCUAUAUGGCUUGAGAACCAACCAGUUGUGAAAGUUCAACCCAAGAGAUCCGCAAAAGGGCCAGUAGAUUAUGAAGCCGAAAUGGACAUAAAAAUCGCGAUGGCGAUGAAGGAGCACCAUGCCGCCAAUCUACUCUUACAAGCAGAUUUAGAGCGUGCUAGAGCAAGCUUGGCCCAACAACAAAUGGAGUAUGAGGAAAAGAUCAGACAAGCCCGUUUAGAAGUAGAAGCAGAUUAUCAAUCCACACUGCAAAUUAUACACACAGACCUGGAGCACGCUAGGGCUAUAAUUCAGCAGCGGGAUGUAGAAAUUGCCGAGGAAAGGGCCAAAACAGCCGCACUACAGGGAAAGCUUUAACUGGCCACGAUUAGGGGGUCACAGAUAGCGGAACGUGCUAAAAUUAUUAGACAAGGUUUGCAAGAGAGAUUGAGCAUCCUUGAAGAGGAUAUGCACCAACAGCAGAAUGAGUUUGAACGAAAAGAAGAACAGUUUAAAAAAGAGAAGGCUGAGUGGUUACGCUCCCAAGAUAAACUUCACGAAAAAUUGGAGGAAGCAAAAAGGAACUUGGCUCGCCAAAAUAUAGGCUCUGAUAUGUCUCAGUUAAUUCAGGAGAGGGAGAUGUUACAGGAGAAAUUAGAGUCAGUGACCGUGCGUGAGAAAAAGGCGAGAGAAGAGGCCGCUGCCCGUGAGUUAAGGAUAAAAGAAUUAGAGUACAAAUGUGGGACGGUUCGAGGUAGGGUCCGAGGUAUGGCCAUUCGCUCUUCACAAGCAGGUUUGGAAUAUGAAAGAUUGGGCUACGAGCAGUUUCAUUCGCAAAUACCUACCUUUGUCAAUCAUCUCACCCGUGCACUGCAAGGUUUAUAUAAGGAUAUGGGUGGCCAGCUGAAUCAGAGUCAUCAUGAGGGGGACAAGGAAUAGAAGUGUCGAUACAGUCAACGUGUUCGUCUUUUACCUUUUGCUCUUUCAUUUUUCUUUUGAGUCAGCGUUACGUUGUCUUUAGUACUAGUGGAGUCGAUUUUAUUUCUUUUUUCAUCCUUUCUUUGAGUCUUUGUAAAAAUGAUGGAAUGAAAGUUGAAAAUCAAUGGAAAAUAUUUUGUUUUCAAAAUAACCCAGCUAUUUGUACGAACUACGUUACGAUCUGAUUCAUGUUUUCAACAUGAUACGUAGGCAACCCCCAACGGGUUCGAUCGAAGCUUCUAAAACCUGCAAAAAAAAAAAAAAAAAAAGAGAGAGAAAGGAGAGGUUGAAAGAAAGAAAGGGAGAAGAAGAAAAGAGAAAUGAGCGAUGAAAAAAAAAAGCGAGGCUGCACCUAGAUAAGCCGGGAUGAGACAUAGGGCCUGCCAUGGUAGAAUUGAUACAUGCAUAUGAAUGAGUGAUUAUGAAUUGCUUAACCCUAACAUUAGCUGUUUUACAGAGAAGAGUUAAGGUAAAAGUGGUUGGUUUGUGGCCAUACUGGCAACACAUCAUUAUUUCACAAGGUCAAAGGGCAGUAUCGGAAUGACGGAAGGGACUUCGCUACCGAUGAUCAACAUGGGGGAUGAAACGGAACGGGUGGCUCAACAAGAAUCUGCCAUCGCCGAGGAGAAUAGAAUUCUCAGGCAACAAAUGAUUGAGAUGUUGCAAGGAUGGUCGAAUGGUCAACAACCUCCUCAGUCAAUCCCUGGGUUCCCCGACAUCACUUCCGUCGCACAGGCAUGCUCACAAGCACCGUUAUCUACUGCGGAAGACCCGGUAUACCCACCUGGGUUCGGUCAUUACACCAAUUUGCCAAAUACGGCGGAAACUUCUGUAGGUCGUCCUCCAAGGGUACCAAUCAGGACCGAUCAUUCCGGGAUUGCAACCACUGGGCCUGCCUACACAUACCCACUGUCUAACCCCAAUCAUGUUGCAAAUGUAUGACCAGUUUACACAAUAACGCCACCUGCGGUUAUGCAAAGGUCAAACCUUGUGCCACCAUCUGACAUCCGUCAAGAGCAGCAUUUUGCACACGAUUUUGCAUUUGGGGCUCCUGAUCCUUAUCAUCAGACUCUACAUUUUAGUCCUCUAAUCGAUUCUGAAGGACCUGCUAAGAAUGCGGUUACGCAUCUUGGCCAUGAAUAUAGAGGUCCUGCUAAGAAUGCGGUUACGCAUCUUAGCGCUGAGUAUGGAGUUGCUACUAAGAAUGUAGAGCAUGACGAAAUGGUUAGGAAGAUGAAAAGUCUAGAACAAGCUAUGAAGAACUUGCAUGGAUCAGGAAGCUAUAAAAGCGUUUCAUACAGUGAUUUGUGUAUGUUCCCGAGUGUUCACUUACCUCCGGGGUUUAAGACACCGAAGUUUGACAAGUACGAUGGGCACGGUGAUCCCAUAGCUCAUUUGAGGAGAUACUGCAACCAACUGAGAGGAGCUGGGGGUAAUCAGGAAUUGCUCAUGGCUUACUUUGGGGAGAGUCUCACUGGUUUAGCUUCGGAAUGGUUUAUUGAUCAGGACAUUGUGAAAUGGCAUACUUGGGAUGAUAUGGCAAAUGAGUUCGUGCAACAAUUUCAGUACAAUAUUGAUCUGGUUCCUGAUAAAAAGUCUCUAACCAACCUGAAGAAGAAAGUUACCGAAAGUUUUAGGGAGUUUGCGGUUCGUUGGCGUGAACAAGCAGCAAGGGUAAAGCCACCAAUGAGAGAAGGAGAGAUGGUGGAGACUUUUCUCCAUGCACAAGAUGAGACAUAUUAUCAACACAUGAUCCCAACCCUAGGAAAACCGUUCAUUGAGGCCAUUAUAAUGGGAGAAAUAAUAGAAGAAGGAAUCAAAACAGGACGCAUUGUCGGCUUUGCCGCGUUGAAGGCAACAACCCAAGCCAUUCAAAAUGGUUCAGGGAGUUUUGGUGGAAAGAAGAAAAAGGAAGACGUAGCUACGGUUGCGCCUGGGCUACUGGCGAAACCCGAGGGGCCCGCCUCGCCAAUACACUCAACCCCAACCCCAACCCCAACCCCAAAACUACACCCAAGAUCCAUAUAAUUACCCACAACACUACUUCCCUCCCCAAAACCCACAAUAUUCUAUUCCGCCCCCUCAGUACCCCAUAUACAGUACGCAAGCCAUAUGUCCAGCCCGCUUGUUACCCGCAAUGGCGUGCACCAACCCCGCAAGUCCGUCCUCCACCUCCACAGACUUACCAAGGCCCUCCCAGAUCCAAUUUUCGGCCCAGGCCGGAGUACAAAAGGGCAAAUACGGUCAAGGAUAACUUUACCCCCAUUGGGGAAUCAUAUGCUGAUUUGUUUCAGAAGUUGAGGGCAUUAAAUGUUUUAAGCCCAAUUGAAGGAAGGAUCCCAAACCCUCCUCCGAAAAAUCUUGAUUACUCUCAAAGAUGUGUUUAUUGCUCUGAUACCCCGGGACACAAUAUAGAGAAAUGUUGGUAU